AUUGCAACAGGGAAAUUCAUUAAUUCUGCUUACCCUCCUCCCCCGCGGCCUUAUAAACAACACCUAAACAUCACGUUUUACUUAAACAGGAGGAUGAAGUUUGUAUUUGUGCUAUCGCUGAUGCUGUGUUACAGUUCAGCUCAGAGUGCUGAUUCAAGUGAGUAUAUUGUACUGUCCAACCUAUAUGAUUCAGCGCAAGGCACUAAUGCGCACUAUGUGUAGCCGAGAGAUUUUCACGAAAAAAUGCUGGCAACAGCAGAUUUUCGACUCAGACCUUAAAGGGGCGUGGCAUUAUAACCACGUGACAUUUACUCCGAACGCCAAAAAUUUUAUGUUAUAUUGUAGAUUGAUCUAUAUGUUAUCCAUUCUAUGUGUUAUACUUACGAUAAAAGUAAAGGUGGGGAUACCAGAGAGCUUCAAAGUAGGAUGGUACCCCCUAAAAAAAACUGGGUCGAGUGACCCUAAGCGGCCAUUGAGUCUGCAUUUUUUGUGCUCUCUUAUGGGGGUCGCAUGUAUUUUUAUCGCGCAGAAUAUACUACGCCCGUAUUUUUCUCCUGUCCGUCCACCCAAUCAGCUGACAUGGAGAAAACAGAAACUAGUGUUUAACUACCAGAUAUCUGAUAACUUUUCUUCUUUAAGUUUUUUUUUUUUUUUUUUUGCCAAUUUUCGUGAUCCACCUAUCGUGUUCAAAAACUCAAUCACCCUAGGUCAGAUUUGAUUUCAGGUAAUAUCCUGUAAGUUUGCCACAUUGCAUUUUUAAACCAGUGGGAAAAUAGUGGGACUUAGGAAAUUCGUUUAGUUUGUUAUGUCAUCUAAAACUUUCGAAAAAGUAAAGAACGUAGAAAAAAGAACAUUGAGGGUGAGACCCUUAAGUUCUCUAUUGAUUAAGAGAACACAAGUCUGCGUGUAAAAUGACAAUCUGAUUUUAUAGGAUGUGGUUCUGUGGUAAACAACACCUUGACAAGUCCUGGAUUUCCAACACAGUACCCAAAUAACAUGCACUGUGUGUACAACGUUUCCAUUCCAUCCGGAAAGGCGCUGAAGAUCAGUUUUUCAACUUUUUCCCUGGAACCAAAUGCUCGAUGCCGGUAAGUAAUUUAACAAUAGACAGCUUUAGAGUCACGUUUACGGCAAACGGCAAACGUCAGAUUCAAGUUGAUAAUAUCUCAAAUUAAAAAAAUUAGCAGGUAAAAACAGCUCAAAGCAAUUCUUAUGGAUAAAACUGGCGUGAAACAAUUCACUUUCUUGUAGAAGUAAUGAACAAUAAACAUCAAGAAAAGGGAAAAAUUGGUCACGUGGUACAGAUUCACUUUUGCCGUUUACAAUAAAGUUAACGUGACUGAUGGCAAUUCAGACAAUUGAAAACCACUUAACUGACUCAGCUUUAGUAAGAGUAGCCUAGGAACUUAAAUUCAAGUGAUACUUGUUACUCUAAAACGUAACAUUUUUGCUGGUCAAAACAUACUCACGAAUUCCGAUGUUCGGCUUGUACGCUGCAAGUUUGCGGAUCUGUGAUAUUAGGCCUAGAAAUAAGGCAAAAUCAGGCUUCUAAAAACCCAGGCUGGCAAAAACACCGGCCAAUGAGAAUAGCCCUCUAGUUUUAAAAUAAAGAUAGACCUAGCUUUAGAAACGGAUAACACGAAGAAGAAUGUAAAACACACAAGAAUUAAAGAGUAUCUGCCAGUAAAUUAGCGGUCUGGUCGACAUGGCGUGAAAAAUAGAUAUCGCUCAUUUCUUGUGCGUUGAAAGACUUUCAUGUACCUGCACUUAACGGCCCCAAUCCGCUAGAUUGUAUUUUUAAAACUCUCGAAUUUUUGAGACAAUUUUGGUUCACCCCAUCCAACGCUCGCGUUGCGCGGCUUAAUUCAAGGCUGAACAUCAACAAAACUUUUAAUGUUGAUUUGGUCUGAUUUGGAAAGUAAUAUUAAUUAUUAGAUAAAAGAGAUAACAAAAAAAGCCAUCAUAAUUCCUUUGACAUAACACAAUAACAUUAAGCACAAUUUAACGCCAUAGCAAGAUUUUAACGAUCCCCUUUCCGCACUGGUAGAUCAGGUGGAGCCAAACCACCCCCCAAAUGGGUUUCAAAUGUGUCAUUUGCCCUCGGAUAAAAAAAUUGAAGUAGAGUAACAUAUAUAGAAAUCAUGAUAUUUUGUGAAAGAUUACUUCCGAAAAAAAUAUAAUUUCUACGAUUUCUUCGAUUCUUUCUUCUCCUAAACCUGCCUAAACAGUGCAUUCAUUAGUCAUUGACCAGGUGACAGCCUUUACUUCAUCAGUAUGGUAUUUUUGUUGUUUCGGCGCAGAUAGCUCUCUCUCGAAAUGUUCCUAGCGGAAGAGAGCGAUGGGAGUCGGCUGUUUCGCAGCCUAAUGAACAAAAUUUAUCCAAACUAUUAUUUACAAAAUCGAAUGUUCGUUGCUGGUGCUCGUAGAUAGGCUCAAAAGGCGUAGAGACUUCUCAUUGGCUAAACCGAGAUCUGACCAAUGAUAUGGUUUUCGAUCUGGAAAAUGCGAUACAGCUUUUUUUAAAAUCCAAGUUAAGAUUUCACGCCUUAAGGCUUUUACGUGAGUUGAGAUGAGUGAAUUCCCUUUUACAGGCCUUUGUCAUCUGUAAGUAGGUCAAAAGCAAGAGAACAUAAAAGCCUCUUGUUGAACGUUAAUUGCCAUUUGUAGACGGCGGCAAUUCGACUGCUCGGGAGUGACUCAAGUGCAACAUAAAAUGAAAGAAUUUGAUCGGCGGCUUGAUAUUCCGCAGAAACGUUUGGAGCUUCCUUAACUCCACCAUAAAGCACGACUCGCAAUUAGUCGAGGUAGGAGAACAUAAAAGGCUUUAAUGUUCUCUUGGCGGUUAGGGUUAUUUCUUAGAAUUUAAGUGCCCUUGUUUAGUAAAAAACAUAUCUUUCCCUUCUAGGUAUGAUUAUUUGAGGAUUGUAGAUGAUGACAACAGAACACUUGGUACAUAUUGUGGGCGCGAACUUAGUGGAAAGGUAGUUUUGGUAAAUGGAAACUACGCAUUAAUAACUUUCCGCUCUCACCGCUACGCUGUUCAGCGAUACCCGGGAUUCCAACUGAGGAUAUCAUUUACUGAAAAUCAAAAUGGUAUGUUCAAAUAA